GCGGGGCGUGACCGCCUCCAGGGUCACAUGACAGGGGCGCAGGCCGGAGCUGUUGCUGGUCGGGGUCGGUCGGAGGCGAAGUGACCAUGAGUUUUCUUGGAGGCUUUUUUGGUCCUAUUUGUGAGAUUGACAUUAUUCUUAAUGAUGCAGAAACACGAAAAACAGCAGAAAUUAAAACUGAAGAUGGCAAAAUAGAAAAACACUUCCUCUUCUAUGAUGGUGAAUCUGUUUCAGGAAAGGUGAACAUAGCCUUUAAACAACCUGGAAAGAGGUUAGAGCACCAAGGAAUUAGAAUUGAAUUUGUAGGACAAAUUGAACUCUUCAAUGAUAAGAGCAAUACUCAUGAAUUUGUAAACCUAGUGAAAGAACUAGCCUUACCAGGAGAACUGACACAAAGCAGAAGUUAUGACUUUGAGUUUAUGCAAGUUGAGAAGCCAUACGAAUCCUACAUUGGUGCCAAUGUCAGAUUGAGGUAUUUUCUUAAAGUGACAAUAGUAAGACGACUGUCAGACUUGGUAAAAGAAUAUGAUCUUAUUGUUCACCAGCUUGCGACAUACCCAGAUGUUAACAACUCUAUUAAAAUGGAAGUAGGCAUUGAAGACUGCCUGCAUAUAGAAUUUGAAUAUAACAAGUCGAAGUAUCACUUAAAGGAUGUGAUUGUUGGAAAAAUUUAUUUCCUCUUAGUAAGAAUAAAAAUUCAGCACAUGGAGUUGCAGCUGAUCAAAAAGGAGAUCACUGGAAUUGGGCCCAGUACCACAACAGAGACGGAAACCAUUGCUAAGUAUGAAAUAAUGGAUGGUGCACCAGUCAAAGGUGAAUCAAUUCCUAUAAGACUUUUCUUAGCAGGCUAUGAUCCAACUCCUACAAUGAGGGAUGUGAACAAAAAAUUUUCAGUGAGAUAUUUUUUGAAUCUAGUGCUUGUGGAUGAAGAAGACAGACGGUACUUCAAACAACAGGAAAUAAUACUUUGGAGAAAAGCUCCUGAGAAACUGAGGAAACCACGAACAAAUUUUCACCAGCGGUUUGAAUCUCCAGAACCACAAGCAUCUGCUGAGCAACCUGAAAUGUGAACUAGUAUAGGAGCUUGCUCCCUUGCCAUCCUGGGGGAGGAGGAAAAAUGACAGCCUCUCAGAAGAACAUACUUAUUCUCGUCCAUCUAGGCCUAUAAUUGGGUGGGAGACAAACUUUUUUUUUUUUUUUAAAGGUAUUUUUUAAACUAGUUGAGUUUGAAAAGUGUUGAGAAAUUUGUCUAGGAAAACAGAAUACUUCUGUCUUACUCCUCUCUUGUGUGAGUUUAGAGUCUUUGAACAAAUUACUUAAACAAGUUAGCCUCCAUUUGUUCACAAUUAAUCAUGUAGUCUGUCAUCAGACAUAAUAUAUGUGGAUUGGACACAAAAUGAACUGUGCUGUGUGGAAGGCUACUUGCGCUUGUAUUUCACUUGGACUAUAAACAAGACACUCUUUCUAAACUUCAGUGCAGGCGUCCUUGGUUUACCUUACUUUGAGUAAGCAAAAUAAUUGAAUUACACUUCUGUAAAAUGUUUUACUACUAUGGCACUUUGAUAAAGCAGACAAAGAUUCUAUGUACUAUAUACUGGGGUAUUUCUCUUAAAUGUGGAUAUCUGAGUGCAAAUUUAACUCCCUCAUGUAAGUGCCUGUUCAGAAUUUUUUAAAAAAUAUGCCAAAUAUUUUCAUGAUCACUUGCAUGUUGUAAUCUGGAAACUAUUCCAAGAGACUUUGGAAACAGAUUGUAUUUAACCAGCCUCAGAUUGUGCAACCAUGUAUAAUAAACAAGAAACGCACUGAGCCUCUAUUUGAGUUAUUAAAAUAGCUGUAUUCUCA